AAGGCAACACCGCUUUCCCUGAAUCAAUUAUACCUGAAACUGAUAAUAAUGUAAUUAACACUCGUGAAAUCAGUAGUACAAAUGACAACAGGCCUAUGAUCAGUAUACGUUGGAAUCCGUUAAAGCCUGUGAUAAACUUUUUAGUUGGUUCAUUGGCAUUCAUACUCAAUGUCAUUGGAUCAAUAUUCUUUUAUAUAUAUUGGGUGAUUAGGGAAACACCAAAUUUUGUUUGGAAGAAUUUAACCGAAAAUGAAAAUGGACCUUUCAUAGAAACAAUAGUUGGAGUUGAUCGCAAUGUACCAUCUACCACACCUAAUUACGUUGUUAUUGCUAUUACUAACGUUCGUAGAAAUAAUAAAUUAUUCUGGUUGUUUUUAAUUCCUUUGAUAGCGUUACUUUUAGUUAUUAUUAUUAGCUUUGUUGAUGAUAAGAGUAUUUUUGAUUAUUUCCCGCGACAUCGCUCGUCUGACAAAUUUUGGUUUUGGCCUUUAGACAAUUCUACAUAUACAGUACAACCAAUCGGAGAAGGUAGUAAUGAGAAUGAUAUUGCAGCUGGUGGGAAGAAAGGAGCUAAUGGAAGGGCGGUAUUUACAAUGGAUGAUCUUAGGAAAUUAAUUGCUGCUGAAGUUGAGAACUCAUGUAAGAACAAAAAUCCAGCUAUUCCACCUAGUAAUGAUCGUAUCAGAUCAUUAAUCAAUACAGAAGUAAAAACUUUAUGCUCAUCUGAAGUUAAAAAAGAAAUGGCAUCAUAUAGGACAGGCCGUGUCCCAUUAAGGGGAGAAGAAAUGAUGGAAAUAAUACGUAAAGAAGCAAGAAAGGUCGUUUCAGAAGAACUUUUAGUGUUUUCACAAGAUAAGCUAAAUAAACCAGAUUUUGCUUUGUACUCUGGGGGUGCAAAAGUAAUCAGUCGGUAUACAAGUAAGACCUAUGAAUUAUGGCCUGAUAAAUGGUAUCAGCGAAUGUUUGCACAAUUUUCAGGUCAAGGUAUUCUACGCGGAAAGCCGCCAGUCACAGCUAUAUCACCAGAUACUCAUGUUGGUCAAUGUUGGCCUUUUCCGGGUUCUGAAGGACAAUUAGCAAUCUUGUUAAAUCGACGGGUGCACGUUACUGCAGUAACUUAUGAUCAUGUUAGCAAAGAUGUCGCCGUAGAUGUAUUAAGUGCACCUAAAGAUUUUGAAGUUUGGGGAAUCGUCGAUGAUGGUACUGUUGGAAAGGCUAAACAACUGGACAAUGAUGGAUAUGAAGAAGAGCCAUUAGAGUCACAAGAAGAGGAAUGUGGUGUUCGUGAAGAUGGUGAAUAUGAUUCAGGCGGAAGUAACAAUAUUCCAAAUAAAGCACGCCCUAAAGCGUUAGAUGCUGACCCUUCAAUCGAAAAUUCCACUUCUGGUGAACUUAAGCUUGGUUCAUCACCGCUCCAUCACUUUUUGGGAAGAUUCACCUAUGAUAUUAACGGAUUACCUGUACAAACUUUCGAAGUGAGCGAGAAAAUUCGUAAUUCGAAGAAACCUGUAAGGGCAAUCAUUAUGAAAGUACUCAACAAUUGGGGAAAACCAUCGUAUACGUGUCUAUAUCGGUUCCGUGUGCAUGGUGAUCCAGUAGAUAAGUUGGAUAGCUAA